UCUCCACUGGCUCUCACCCUUCUGCCUGCAGGUGAGGCUUCUGAGAACCGCCUUAGGACCAUUUAGUUGCAAAUGUCUGGCCCUGGCCCUUUUGGGAGCUCCCACAGGCAGGUGGGGUGCCCCAGAGUAGGGUCUACAAUGCGCUCCGGAAGACACGGCCCUGGUUGCAAGAUGGGUCUAGAAGGGCGCUGAUGGGGGGCCUGGGACCCAGUAGAGGGGGUGGCAGAGGGAUGGCAGCCUGUGGGGUAGGGGGUCACGCAGACAAGUGGCUUCAGCUGCAGCUACUGCUCUCAGGAGUCUGCCUCAGGUGCCAGGCGCUAAGUGCUGGAGCCCCCCAAAUGGGGACAGGAUCCCCAUGCUGGGGCCGGAUGACAUAGGCCUCUCCUCCAAGCUUUGCUUGCCUGGGAGGGCGCCCAGGAGUGGGGCCCGAGACAGGUGUCUUCAGCCAAAGGACCGCCGUGCGCAGAGCACCAGAGCGGGCCGGCGGGCAGCGGUCCCCCAAGCACGGGAUCUCCAUCCCCACCGAGGUCCAGCUCUCUGGCCCUCCAUCACACGGUCCAGGCCAGGCUUUGCCAGCCAGGAGAAGUCUCUGGAGGUGAAGAGAGAGGCCCCAUUUCCCCAGCAGAGCAGACCUAUGCCUUUGGAGCUCCCGGGACUGGCCUGGCCACUUGUGGGCGCCGUCAUCCUCCCGCACUGGGAAGUGACUCAGGAGAAUUCAGCACUGCUGCAGGCGGGAGCCCAGGCCGCCAGGCCGCCUCCAUGGAGCUGCUGGCAUCCCAUCUCAGCCCGCCUCCCUCCUGAUGUCGUCCCAGCCUGGCCUUGCCUGGCUCUGACGGCCCUGAGCAGACACACACUGGAGGCCCCGCCAGAUGGUGGCCCCCAACAGCCCAGAGCAUCAUGCGGGUUCUCAGCACCCCUUGUGCCACAUUCCUGGGGCCCAAGUCACCCUUUAUUCGCCAGGGAGCCCCUGUGCGCUGCCCCUGCCUCCUUAUCCCUGCGGCGACCAGUGAGGCCAAAGCCCAGUGAGUCCCCUAUUUACACUCAGCCGGGGCUUCUGCCCCCGGCCGGGCUCUGCCGCUACACCAUUGUGGGACUUCAGGAAGCCCCUGCCUCAGUCUCCCUAGCUAGCCCACCGAACGGUCCCCUCCGCCUCCCAGACUGGUGUACGCACAAAACGAGGUCCUGUACAGAGAUGCUCAUGGCAUUUUGCUGCGGAGGAAAGCAAAGUGGGCCUGGUGACAAGGCCCCCUCCCAGGCCCUCCCCCAGCGCCCUGGCCCCACCCCUUCCAGGCACUGAUGCUCAAACGCUAUUAUUAUUAGCCAGAGUCUGAGACACGAGAAUAGGAGAAGGCAGUGCAGAGGCACCUGGGAGUGGGGGGUGGGGGGGUGGGGGGCAUUUGUGGUUCUGCCAGAUAGACCUUGUGCCCUCUCCUGUGUGACAGUAGGAGGUGGCCCUAGGGGCCAAGCUGUGCCCGCUCCUCCACGGGCCCCUUGGCUUUCCUGGAUGGAAGCAGAAGCCAGCGUAGACUCUUCGGAGCGGCCCUCCCCCAGCCCAGGUCCAGCCUAGGUUGGA